AUGCGCGCCCCCCGCCCUCCCGUGCCGGCCCCAGGAGCUCCUGGCUUCGGGAGCAUCCUUCCCGCGCCGGCCCCCGCCGCGGCGCGUAGCCGAGGGCAGCGCCCCUUGGGAGGGCACCGCGGAGCAAGGGCCCCAGGCGAACACACCAGCCCUCCAGGCCCUCCUGUCCCAUCUUCCUUGGGCGGGUUGGGACUCGCAGAGCAAUCUACUAAGCAGAUGGAAGAGAAGAGGCGAAAAUACUCCAUCAGCAGUGACAACUCUGACACCACUGACGGUCACGUGACAUCCACAUCAGCAUCAAGAUGUUCCAAACUGCCCAGCAGUACCAAGUCGGGCUGGCCUCGGCAGAACGAAAAGAAGCCCUCAGAGGUUUUCCGGACAGACCUGAUCACAGCCAUGAAGAUCCCAGAUUCAUACCAGCUCAGCCCGGAUGACUACUACAUCCUGGCAGACCCAUGGCGACAAGAAUGGGAGAAAGGUGUACAGGUACCUGCUGGAGCGGAAGCCAUUCCAGAGCCCGUGGUGAGAAUCCUCCCACCUCUGAAAGGCCCACACACACAGAUGUCCCCGGAUAGCCCCACACUAGGUGAGAGUACCCAUCCUGACUGGCCAGGAGGCAGCCGCUAUGACCUGGAUGAGAUUGAUGCGUACUGGUUGGAACUUCUCAACUCGGAGCUCAAGGAGAUGGAGAAACCCGAGCUGGAUGAGCUGACAUUAGAGCGUGUUCUAGAGGAGCUAGAGACACUGUGCCACCAGAAUAUGGCACAGGCCAUUGAGACGCAGGAGGGGCUGGGCAUCGAAUACGACGAGGAUGUUGUCUGUGACGUGUGCCGCUCCCCUGAAGGCGAGGAUGGCAAUGAGAUGGUCUUCUGUGACAAAUGCAAUGUCUGUGUGCACCAGGCAUGCUACGGGAUCCUCAAGGUGCCUACGGGCAGCUGGCUGUGCCGGACCUGUGCCCUGGGAGUCCAGCCUAAGUGCCUGCUCUGCCCCAAGCGAGGAGGAGCCUUGAAGCCCACCAGAAGUGGGACCAAGUGGGUACACGUCAGCUGUGCCCUGUGGAUUCCUGAGGUCAGCAUUGGCUGUCCAGAGAAGAUGGAGCCCAUUACCAAGAUCUCACAUAUUCCAGCCAGCCGUUGGGCCCUAUCCUGCAGCCUCUGCAAGGAGUGCACAGGUACCUGCAUCCAGUGUUCCAUGCCUUCCUGCGUCACGGCAUUCCACGUCACAUGCGCCUUUGACCGAGGCCUGGAAAUGCGGACUAUCCUAGCCGACAACGAUGAGGUCAAGUUCAAGUCACUCUGCCAGGAGCACAGUGACGGGGGCCCUCGAAGUGAGCCUACUUCUGAGCCUGUGGAGCCCAGCCAGGCUGUUGAAGAUCUGGAAAAGGUGACCCUACGCAAGCAGCGGCUGCAGCAGCUAGAAGAAAACUUCUAUGAGCUGGUAGAGCCAGCUGAGGUGGCUGAACGGCUAGACCUGGCUGAGGCACUGGUGGACUUUAUCUACCAGUACUGGAAGCUGAAGAGGAGAGCUAAUGCCAACCAGCCGCUGUUGACGCCCAAGACUGACGAGGUGGACAACCUGGCCCAGCAGGAGCAGGAUGUCCUCUAUCGACGCCUGAAGCUUUUCACCCACCUGCGGCAGGACCUGGAGAGGGUGAGGAACCUGUGCUACAUGGUGACAAGGCGGGAGAGAACGAAGCAUACCAUCUGUAAGCUUCAGGAGCAGAUAUUCCAUCUGCAGAUGAAACUUAUUGAGCAAGAUCUUUGCAGAGAGCCUUCUGGGAAGAAGUCAAAGGGCAAGAAGAAUGACUCAAAAAGGAAAGGCCGAGAGGGUCCCAAGGGCAGCAGCCCUGAGAAGAAAGAGAAGAUGAAGGCUGGGCCGGAGUCUGUGCUAGGGCAGCUGGGCCUGUCCACCUCGUUCCCCAUCGACGGCACUUUCUUCAACAGCUGGCUGGCACAGUCGGUUCAGAUCACAGCAGAGGACAUGGCCAUGAGCGAGUGGUCUUUGAACAGCGGGCACCGGGAGGAUCCUGCUCCAGGUCUUCUGUCAGAGGAAUUGCUACAGGAUGAGGAGACGCUGCUCAGCUUCAUGAGGGACCCCUCGUUACGACCUGGUGACCCUGCCAGGAAGGCCCGAGGCCGCACUCGCCUGCCUGCCAAGAAGAAACCACCCCCGCUGCAGGAUGGGCCCAGUGCACGGACCACUCCAGACAAGCCGCCCAAGAAGGCCUGGGCCCAGGAUGGCAAGGGCACACAAGGACCGCCCGCGAGGAAGCCGCCACGGAGGACGUCUUCUCAUUUGCCGUCCAGCCCUGCAGCUGGGGACUGUCCAGUGCCAGCAGCACUGGAAAGCCCUCCAACACUGGCCUCCGAGAUCCCGGAUGAGACGGCCCCCAUGGCUUCAGACUUGAAUGUCCAAGUGCCUGGCCCUACAGUGAGCCCCAAACCCUUGGGCAGGCUCCGGCCACCCCGAGAGAUGAAGGUCAGUCGGAAAUCUCCGGGUGCUAGGUCCGAUGCUGGGACAGGACUACCGUCUGCUGUGUCCGAGCGGCCGAAGGUCAGCCUGCAUUUCGACACCGAGGCUGACGGCUACUUCUCUGAUGAGGAGAUGAGUGAGUCUGAUGGAGAGGCGGAGGACAGUGGGGUACAACGGGCUUCCAGGGAGGCAGCAGCAGAGGAGGUGGUUCGCAUGGGGGUGCUGGCCUCCUAACUCACCCAGGCCCCGCCCUGGUCCCCUACAAGGCCUCAGCCUGAUCACAACUGCCAUUUCCAACUGCUGAGUGUCUCAGACCCACCACUCUGUCGUGGUUUUAUUUUUAAUAUAGAGAGAGUUCUGAAUUCCACUCCGUUGUCUUUCCUCUGUGCUGGCCUAGGACGUUAGGAUUCCUCCCAUGGCCUUGGCCGUGGGGACUAUGCCAGGUUCUACGUGCCACCCCUGUCCCAGCCCAUGUGACAUCGCCGGGCUUCUGGCUUGAUGUAGACGAGAGAGAGAGCUCAGGGCUCAUGCCCACUGCCAUUGGGUGACACAGACUGUCGUUUGGGCAUUAUUUCAUGGCAGAUGGGCCGUUCCAGGGCCUGCCCCACCUUGUCCCCCCCCAGAUUGCACUUGGGUCCAUUUUUGGGUGGGUGGGGGGUGUCCUGCUGCACUCCACUGAUCCCUAAGGAAGUAUAACAAGUGAUACCCAGCCAGUCUAUUCACUGUCACAAGCACAAAGAGUUUCUAUGAGAAAGCACUGAGGGGGUGCAGGGGGCCCGCUGGCUCCUGAACAGCCCACCACAUCUGAGGCCCGCCCGCCUACCCGCAACCCCCCCUCCCUUGCUGCUCUGUCCCUGCCAGUGCCCAGCCCAAGCAGCUCUGGGAAAGGGUUCCCGGAAUCCUUCCUGAGCUGUGUUCUUUACUCAGGGGACUCCCCAAACAGUCCUCCACCUGUACAGGUGGAGGGUUCCGAGGGAGGGCCAGUGCCCAGCCCGGGACUUGGGGCUCAGAUCAGCCCACUGCAGAGAAUCACUCUGGGGCUUUAACUUUCUUUCUUCCUUUGGGGCCAGUCUCGGCCACAGUCUUGCUGUCUCCACCUGGAGCUGGCCAGACCAGACCGUUUGCCUUUUGAAGUUUCCUAGUCCUGCUAAGAGAUGAGCUUCCUCAUUGGUUUCCUUCUGGAAACAUCCUUCCAACAAGUGUAGUGGGAUCCCGGGGCCCAGGGCAGGCCAGUGCUGGCCUGUUGGGACUGGUUGAAUUGUUGCUGGAUCUUCCUGUAUUCCUCUGUCCCUUAGCGCCUUAAUCCCUUUUCCUCCCUACUGAACCCCCUUUUCCUACUCCUCUUCAAAUCCCCCCUCUUCCAAGCCCCCAGGUAGUUCUGAAGAGUUUUGAUGGAGUGGCCCCAGGGUGAUAGAUAGCUCAGGGAACAAAGGAAUUCCGUGAAGACAUGUGUUUUUUUUUUUCUUUUAUGAAUUACUCUUGGGUCACUUCCACCACUGGUAAAGCCAGAACUUCUCCAACCAGAACCUUGCAAAAGUCCAGUGAACCAGUCGAAUCAUUCUGAGAAUGCCAAAGAAUCUUUUGACCAUAAUACACAGCACAGCCCGGACCUGACAACUGUCGACUUGAACUUCCUUUUCAAAGGAAUUGGUUAGCAACAAAGUUCAGAGACUCGGUUAUUGCACACACCUACAGAGAAGGGCCCAAGGCCUCGGAGGAGGCUGCUGCCGCUGCCACCGCCGCUGCUGCCACCGCCACUACUGCUGCUGCUGUUGUUGGUUUACGGUCCCUGGGCUGAGCCGCUGUGAGUGUGGUCCUAAACUUUGAGGACUCCCUCCCCCUUUUGAGGGGGGGAGAAUCCUGACUGAAUCCAGCGUGGUUCCCCCAUUGCCACCACAUAGAUACACAAAGAGCAAAUACACGGGACCUUCACCCACCUCGACUCCAAAACUAUCAAGGUACGACAGUGAGUUUGAGCAAAAUCAGAAACAAAGAUAAUGACUUCAGUUUGGGGAUUGGACAAACAUGUCUUAUCCAAAUGGACUCCGAGGGCAUGGGGUGGGCUCCAAGGAUCCUGGGCGUCUGGAUGGCACCGGCUACCACAUAGACUUAGUCUGCCUGCCUGUCUUGGUAAUAGUGACAGCUCAGUGUCAGCGUCGGCUUCCCCACCCGUCUCUUGUUUACUGCCUUUGAACAGACCUUCCUUACCCCUGUGCUUUGGGUCACUUCAGGUCGCAAUUUCAUCUGCUGGACUGCCUGGUGGUCUGACCUGCGGGACACGAAGGGUAUGGGGGCUUAAAGAACAACCAAAUGCUACAGGGGGAGGAAGAGAAUGUCACUGACCACUCUGUCCCACCAGGCUCUGUGCCAUAGAAGCCCAGUUGUUGUCUGUGAUAAUGGCUGGUUAGCAGACCCCUUCACUAGGCCAAGCCCCACGACAGUCUUCAUCCAGCAGCUGUCUCCACUCCUAAGAUGUCCAUCGGGCUGUGGGGAGGAUGAGGAUGCCCCAUAACUUCUCCCUAGUUCCU